CAGGCCCAGCCUAGCCGGCCGCCGAGCGGGUGAGGGCGCACCGGCCAUCACCGCGCGGCCGCGCAACGGACACCGUGCGCACCGGCCUGCGGCACCCCGCGAGCGGGUCGGCCUAGAGCAGCCCCUUCCGAAGGCCCAUGCCGGUCUAGGUCCCCGCCCGCUUCUCCUGGCCCCAUUGCUCUCCAGGGCUCCCUACAGCCGGGGGCAAAGGGGCAGACCACGGAACCGGAGGCCAUGUCCCAUGAAAAGAGUUUCUUGGUGUCUGGGGACAACUAUCCUCCCCCCAAUCCUGGAUACCCUGGCGGGCCCCAGCCACCCAUGCCUCCCUAUGCUCAGCCUCCUUACCCGGCGGCCCCCUACCCACAGCCCCCUUUCCAGCCCUCCCCCUAUGGUCAGCCAGGGUAUCCCCAUGGCCCCAGCUCUUACCCCCAAGGGGGCUACCCUCAGGGGCCCUACUCCCAAGGGGGCUACCCUCAGGGCCCCUACCCCCAAGGGGGCUACCCUCAGGGGCCCUACCCCCAAGAGGGCUACCCACAGGGGCCCUACCCUCAGAGCCCCUUCCCCCCUAACCCCUAUGGACAACCACAGGCCUUCCAGGCACAGGACCCUGACUCACCACAGCAUGGGAACUACCAGGAGGAGGGGCCCCCGUCCUACUACGACAACCAGGAUUUUCCUGCCACCAACUGGGAUGACAAGAGCAUCCGACAGGCCUUCAUCCGGAAGGUGUUCCUGGUGCUGACCCUGCAGCUGUCGGUGACCUUGUCCACGGUGUCUGUGUUCACUUUUGUCCGGGAGGUGAAGGGUUUUGUCCGGGAGAACGUCUGGACCUACUAUGUCUCCUACGCCAUCUUCUUUAUUUCCCUCAUCGUCCUCAGCUGUUGUGGGGACUUCCGGCGGAAGCACCCCUGGAACCUUGUUGCACUGGUAACCCACAAACCUGGGCCUCUGGCCCUGGGGCCCAGUGUUUCAGUCUCACAUGCCCACUCCGGGGGGCCUGGUCACCCUGGUUCCCCUUCUGCCCAUGAAGCAGGGGAGGGUAGGGGACGUUGGGGAGGCGGGGAGCAGCUUGCACACCCAAGGCAGGUGUGCCCCCAUCCCCAUCCCAUCUCCCCACAGUCGAUCCUGACCGUCAGCCUGUCCUACAUGGUGGGCAUGAUUGCCAGCUUCUACAACACUGAGGCGGUCAUCAUGGCUGUGGGCAUCACCACAGCCGUCUGCUUCACAGUGGUCAUCUUCUCCAUGCAGACCCGCUACGACUUCACCUCGUGCAUGGGCGUGCUCCUGGUGAGCAUGGUGGUGCUCUUCAUCUUCGCCAUCCUCUGCAUCUUCAUCCGGAACCGCAUCCUAGAGAUUGUGUACGCCUCUCUGGGCGCUCUGCUUUUCACCUGUUUCCUGGCAGUGGACACCCAGCUGCUACUGGGGAACAAGCAGCUGUCCCUGAGCCCGGAGGAGUACGUGUUUGCUGCGCUGAACCUAUACACAGACAUCAUCAACAUCUUCCUGUACAUCCUCACCAUCAUCGGCCGCGCCAAGGAGUAGCCCAAGCUCCCAGCUCGCUAUGCCCCAUCAGGUGGCAUGGCUGGCCUGGACCCUGCCCCUGGCAUGGCAGUGCCAUCCGUACUUACCCUCUCUUUCGUCCUGGGCACAGCCUGGGGCAGAGAAAGCCCCUCUCCAACCCUCCUGUAUGUACACUGCAGAUACUUUUCUGUGGACCCGCUGUGGCCACAGCAUGGCCCUUUUAGUCCUCCCGCCCCCACCAAGGGGCAACAAGGCCACGUUUCCAGGCCACCUCCUAUUCACUCAUUGUUGCAUGAGCCCUGUCUGCCAGCCCACCCCAGGGUCUGGGGGCAACACCAGGUCCCAGGGGAGAGAGAUUGAGCCAAGAGCUGAGGGUGCACGUCUUCCCUCCUGUCCCAGCUCCCCAGCCUGGCAUAGAGUACCCUUUCCCCUCCCCACUGCACCCUGGAGUGCUGCCCUCUGGGGAACAUUCGUGUGGGGGUCUCAUCCCUGUGCUGAGCCCUGAGGGCAGAGAGGACGGCAUGUUUCAGGGGAGGCGGAAGCCUUCCUUUCACUCUGCUGUCAUUAAAACGCCAAUAAAUGGGAUCUGCUCUUUGCC